AUGGCAGAGAACCCAGCCAAGGCUACGGCCAUUCCCGACUUUGACUCAUUGCCUGCGGUCGGAGACAUGCCCCAAGGCUGUGCAUGGGGCGUUUUUGAUAAGGGCGAGCAGAAGGAUCACCUUGGUUGUAUCAACAUCCUGACUCCUGAAGUCGUCCAGCAAGCCUGCAAGGAAGCUCGUGACGGAGUUUCAAUUUCGCUAAAUUGGUCGAUGGCGGCUGCCAGGAAUCUACUCCCACCACGCAAAGGGCUUGUCCACACAGUGCACGAUUAUCAUGGCGAGCCCUUCAAUUUUGGUUUCCACUCGUUCGAUGACGAGGUCGAGUUCAACACGCAAGCAUCCAGCCAGUGGGAUAGUUUGGUGCAUUUCGCCCAUCAAGAUACCGGCCUGUGUUACAACGGGGUUAUGCCGACAAGGGAGAGUCUUACCCAGAACGGCAGAGAUGUCGACUCUGACAGAAUUUUCCCUACUCUCAAUCAUUGGCACCAUCGAGGUGCUUUGGUCGGUCGCGGAGUGCUUCUGGACUAUCGUGCCUGGGCCCGAGAAAAGAGCAUCUCCUAUGACUGCUUCGACUCACAAACCAUUUCUAUCAGCGACUUGGAAGCGAUAGCCAAGCAUCAAGGCACAGAGCUCAGGUUUGGUGACAUACUCAUCAUUCGGUCCGGCUAUACCGAGGACCUUGAAGCCCUCGAUGUUGCGGACCAGGAACGGGUCAUGCGAUCAGGCCGGGCAAUCGGAGUCGAAGGCAACGUCCAAACCGCGAAAUGGUUUUGGAACCAUCAUUUUGCGGCAGUGGCGGGCGACAUGUUGGCGUUUGAGGUGCUGCCACCACUACUCAAUCACGAAAACAAGCGAGAGGGUGGGACGCGGGACCUUGUGUUACAUCAAUACUUCCUUAGCCUGUUUGGGCUCAACAUUGGGGAGCUUUGGGAUCUCUGUGCCCUGGGCGAACAUUGCAAGAGGGCCAAAAGAUAUGAGUUCCUACUCACCAGCGUUCCACUAAACGUUCCUGGGCUGGUAGGAUCACCACCAAACGCUGUUGCUGUGUUCUGA